UCUGUGUGUUCUGCUGUCUGCCUGUCCCUGCCUCUCCCUGCUGCCCGCCCCCGCCCAGGGCUCUGUCUAGGCCCCAGGUGCCUGCCCUGGCCACCUCACCCGCCGUUGGAGAAUGAACCAGCCGCCGAGGAUGGCACCCGUGGGCACAGACAAGGAGCUCAGCGAUCUCCUGGACUUCAGCAUGAUGUUCCCGCUGCCUGUGGCCAACGGGAAGGGCCGGCCCACCUCCCUGGCCGGCGCCCAGUUCACAGGCUCAGGUCUGGAGGAACGGUCCUGCUCGGGCUCCUGGGGCACCAGUGACCAGAACAGUUCCUCCUUCGACCCCAGCCGGACCUACAGCGAAGGCACCCACUUCAGUGAGUCUCACGGCAGCCUCUCUUCGUCCACAUUCCUGGGACCUGGCCUCGGGGGCAAAGGCGGUGAGCGGGCUGCGUACACGGCCUUCGGGAGAGACACCAACGUCGGCAGCUUGAGUCAGGCUGGCUUCCUGCCGGGCGAGCUGGCCCUCAGCAGCCCUGGGCCGCUGUCCCCCUCAGGUGUCAAAGGCAGCGCCCAGUACUACCCCUCCUUUCCCGGCAACCCCCGGCGGAGACCCGCAGACGGCAGCAGCCUGGAUGCCCAGCCCAAGAAGGUCCGGAAGGUGCCGCCAGGGCUCCCGUCCUCGGUGUACCCGCCCAGCUCAGGUGAUGACUAUGGCAGAGACGCCGCCGCCUACCCGGCUGCCAAGACCCCCAGCAGCGCCUACCCUGCCCCCUUCUACAUGGCCGAUGGCAGCCUGCACCCCUCGGCCGAGCUCUGGGGCCCCGCAGGCCAGGCGGGCUUUGGGCCCAUGCUGGGCGGGGGCUCGUCCCCGCUGCCCCUCCCGCCUGGGGGUGGGGCCGGUCCCGCGAGCAGCAGCGGUGGCGCGUUCGGCGGCCUGCACCAGCACGAGCGCAUGGGCUACCCGCUGCACGGAGCUGAGGUCAACGGCGGGCUGCCGGCCGUGUCCAGCUUCUCCUCGGCCCCCGGAGCCCCCUACAGCAGCGUCACCAGCCACACACCCCCCGUCAGCGGGGCCGACAGCCUCCUGGGCUCACGAGGGACCACGGCUGGCAGCUCCGGGGACGCACUCGGGAAGGCGCUGGCCUCGAUCUACUCCCCGGAUCACUCAAGCAAUAACUUCUCAUCCAGCCCCUCGACCCCUGUAGGCUCCCCACAGGGCCUGGCAGGGAGUUCCCAGUGGCCCCGAACAGGGCCCCCCGGUGCCUUAUCACCCAGCUAUGAUGGGGGUCUCCAUGGCCUGCAGAACAAGCUGGAGGACCACUUGGAUGAGGCCAUCCACGUGCUGCGCAGCCACGCCGUGGGCACGGCCGGCGACAUCCACGGGCUGCUGCCUGCCCACGGCGCGCUAGCCUCAGGCUUCGCCGGCCCCGUCAUGCCGCUGGGCGGCCGGCACAGCAGCCUGGUUGGAGGUGGCCACGUGGACGACGGCCUGACAGGCAGUGCCGGCCUCCUGCACAACCACGUGGCCCUCCCCAGCCAGCCCAGCACCCUCCCCGACCUCUCGCGGCCACCCCCCGACUCGUACAGCGGACUUGGGCGGACAGGUGCAGCCUCGGGUGCCGGGGAGAUCAAGCGGGAAGAGAAGGAGGACGAGGAGAACGCGUCAGUGGCCGACAACUCCGAGGAGGAGAAAAAGGAGCUGAAGCCCCCCCGGACCCGGACCAGGUGCCAGCCCCCCGCGCACGCGGCCCCACGCCCCAGUACACGUGCACGCGCGCACACACACAUACACACACACACACACACACACACUGCCCAGACUGGGAGGCGGCCAGGGGCCCCUCGCCCCACCCCUCCACCUCACACUGUCCCUCUGGCCCCCCGGCCCCCUCCCCCUAGCCCAGAGGAGGACGAGGACGACCUUCUCCCCCCCGAGCAGAAGGCCGAGCGGGAGAAGGAGCGCCGCGUGGCCAAUAACGCGCGGGAGCGGCUGCGGGUGCGCGACAUCAAUGAGGCGUUUAAGGAGCUGGGCCGCAUGUGCCAGCUGCACCUCAACAGUGAGAAGCCCCAGACCAAACUGCUCAUCCUGCACCAGGCCGUGUCGGUCAUCCUGAACCUGGAGCAGCAAGUGCGAGAACGCAACCUGAACCCCAAAGCAGCCUGCUUGAAACGUCGAGAAGAGGAGAAGGUGUCCGGCGUGGUCGGGGACCCCCAGAUGGUGCUGUCGGCCGCCCACCCGGGCCUGGGGGAGGCCCACAACCCCACCGGGCACAUGUGAGAUAAAAGAAGUGGAAAAGCGCGCUAGAAAAUACACACUCUGACCAAGAAGAAGAAGAAGAAAAUGCCUUAAGUAUCCCGCACGGAGUCGUCGAAACAUAUCACGUCCUGGAGGGGAGACGGUGUGAACCUGGCUUGUUCUUCAAGAGCCACCAGCAAAUUGUGCCUAAGCCUAAUAUUUUUUUUAAGGAAAAUAAAAAAAGAACGUUAGUUACGAGAUUUUUUUUUUUUUUAACGUAGAAGAAAAUUAGCGAGGAUGUUGCCUUUGGUCUCGUUUUUUUUUAAAAAAAAAAAAAAGCUUUUUUUGCAUAUGUUUUGUAAGCAACAAAUGUUUUUGUAUAAAAGUCUCGUGUCUCUUGCUAUUUCUGCUGCUGUUUCUGGAGCCGAGCGGUGCAUUUUAUCACGAUCAGCCAGAUGAUUAAACGUUGUAUGAAAAUGAUCGGCUGUAAGCCUGAGCCCCCCUCCCC